UGAGGAUGUGCGAUGGCGACGUGGGACCCAGAGCAGAGGAGGGGCGAUGACAGGUGUUGGGCACAAAUAGGAGAUGCAGGGUGCUGGACAGUGGAUGUGCGACAGCAACGCGACGCCUAGAGCAAAGGAGGGAGGGGCGACGGUGGGCUUUGAUGGUGGAAGAAGACACCGAGACCGAUAAAUGGGAGGCGGGAGGGAAUUUGAAUGGGAUGAAAAAAUGAAGGAAAACUCUACUCAGCCCCCGGUUUUCCAAACGCACUCCACACUCCUAACGUGGCUGAACCCGGUUCGAGCCACAUCACGGGUUAGUGAAAUUGAAACCCUCGCUGCUUCAUUCUCCCGCUUCUCCCUCAGAUCUCUGCUCCUCCCUCGGACCUCUCACUCGAAGCUUCUUUCUCCUUCUUCGGCACGGCAUUUUGUCCCCAAAGGCCAAAAGGACUUACUGCAACAUAACCCUUCCUCUUGCGUCCUUCGCUGCUCUCUCUUGCUCACACAUAUCGAUGUUUCGAUGUUUCGGAACGGAAACAUCAAAGGAAAGGACAAGGGCAUGAAUUCAUGA